UCGGGGAGGUUCGGCUUUAUUCGGGCCGGGUCGGCACCGUUCGGCUGUGCUCGGCUGAGCUCGGCUCCGCUCGCAAAAGCUCGGCUGCGUUCGGGCCGGGUCGGAACCAUUCGGCUCAGUUCGGCUCGGUUCGGCUCCGCUCGCCUGAGCUCGGGGUGGAUCGGGGAGGUUCGGCCAGGCCCGGCCCGGCCCGGCUUGGUUCGGCGCGGCCCGCUCGGUUUCUUUCGGCUUUCCUCGGCUCAGCUCGGCCGGUUCGACUUCUCUCGGCUUGGUUCGGCUCCGCUUGGCUCCGUUCGGUUCGGUUCGGUUCGGUUCGUCUGGGCCCGGCUCUGCCCGGUCGCCGCCGCACCGGGCCCGGUAACGCUCGGGCCCCAUCCCCGGUCCAGGCCCGAGCCCAGCCCUGGUAACGCCCCGGGAAGAAGGAGGGAGGAGGCGGGGAGCAUCCUCUGCCGCUCCGUGCACAGCACGGACGGGACCGGGGGGCCGGGGGGAUCCGGGCGGGAGGAGCUGGCAGGAGCCCCCGGGCUAGACGUGCCCCGGGUGAGCCGUGACAGUGGGGACAUGUCGUGACUGCGGGGACAGAGCCACCCCACACCGUGACCUGGAUGGGCAGUGACCCAGGGGCACGCUGUGACACGAGGGGACCGACCCCCCUGAGCCGUGACAGCGAGGGACCACGAGCACAAAGCCACUCCAUGUCGUGACACUGGAGGACCAACAGCUGCCCCAAGCAAUGACACUGGGUGCACACCAUGUCACUUGGUGCCAGACCCCUCAACGCAGUGACACCCGUCACCAAGCGCCCUGCGCCAUGACGCCAGGUGAGCAGCCAGAUUGGCACAUGCUGUGAUACUGGGUGACAAAGCCACCUCUUCUGCACCACUGCUAUCCUGGAUUGGGACACCAAGUGACCGAAGCCACCUUGCACCAUGAGGCUGGGUGAGYCCCGAGCCCAGCACCUGCAGUGACACCAUGUGACUGAAGCCACCCUGGACCAUGACAUUGUGUGAGCCCUGAUCCUGGCACAUGCUGUGACAGUGGGUGACCAAACCACCCUGUGCUGUGACACCRGCGGACCAAAGCUGCCCUGGACUGUGACACCAAGUGAUCGACCAGCCUGGCACCUGCCACUGAGUGACUGAAGCUUCCUUGGACAGUGAUACCAAGUGACCAAGCCACUUUGCACUAUGACACCUGGUAAGCCCCAAAUCCUGCACCUGCUGUGACACUGUGUGACUGAAGCCACCCUGGACWGUGACACUGGGUGACCAAGCCACUCUACAUCGUGACACCGUGUGACUGAAGCCUCUUCKUGCCCCUUGUUCUCCACGCUGCAUAUCCUAAUCAUGCUGCCAUCCUGUCACCCGUGCGUGGCCAUGGGGCCGCUGUCCCURCUGCUGGCACUGUCCCUGCUGUCCCCACGAGGGGCUGCGGGAGGGACCUGCCCCCCGCGCUGCGUCUGCGCCUCCAACCUGCUGAGCUGCUCGCAGGCCAACCUGAGCGCGGUGCCGGCGCCGCUGCCGCGCUUCACCGCYGUCCUGGACGUGAGUCACAACAACGUGACGCGGCUGCGCGCGGACUGGGCGCCGGCACGGCUGCCACACYUGCACGCGCUGCUGCUGAGCCACAACGGGCUGACCUUCGUGUCCACCGAGGCCUUCACCAACGUGCCGCGCCUGCGCCACCUCGACCUGUCCUCYAACCGCCUGCGGACGCUGGACGAGAACCUGUUCAGCGACCUGGGCGAGCUGGAGGUGCUGCUGCUCUACAACAACGAGAUCACCACGGUGGAUCGCACGGCCUUCGAGAACCUGGGCCGGCUGCGCAAGCUCUACCUGGGSCAGAACCGCAUCGCCCGCUUCCCGCUGGAGCUGCUCCGGGAGGGCAGCCGGCUGCCGCAGCUGGCGCUGCUGGACCUGUCGGCCAACCGGCUGCGGRCCGUGCCCUCGGGCGAGCUGCAGGCGCUGCCCGCCUGGCUGCGCGACCGCCUCUACCUGCACAACAACCCGCAACUGGUCUGUGACUGCCCGCUCUUCCAGCUGCUGGACCGCGGCCACCGCCGCCGCCUCAGYGCCGUGGUGGAUUUCCAGGAUGAGCUGCGCUGCGUCCUGCCCGGAACGACGGCUCCCAUCAGGAUCCUGGAACUGGCAGGCCGGCAGCCUCUCAACUGCAGCAGGGUGCAGGAGGCCGUGCUGGAGUCGCACCUCGGGGACAGCGUGAUGCUGAACUGUGACAGCCGGUGGCAGGGCGUGCGCGGCCGGCACUGGGUGACGCCGGGCGGGGAGCGGGUGCUGGGGGACGGGGGCAAUGGCAGYGUGGUCCUGCUGGCCAACGGCAGCCUGCAGCUGCGGGCGCUGCGCCCCGAGGACUCCGGCACUUACGCCUGCUUGGUGGCUGGACCCCUCCUCAACGAGACCAUCUACGUGGAGCUGCUGGUGCACAACUUCACCCUGCACGGCCCCCACGACACCCUGAACACGGCCUACACCACGCUGGUGGGCUGCAUCCUGAGCGUGGUGCUGGUGCUCAUCUACCUGUACCUCACGCCGUGCCGCUGCUGCUGCUGCCGCGGCACCGAGAAGCCGCCGGCGCCGCGCGACGACAGCAUCAACUCCUCGGUGCUCAGCACCACGCCGAACCACGCCGGGGGCACCGGGGAACCCGGCGGAUCCCGUGUCGCCUCCGGUGCCGGCACGGGGCAGAACGGCAGGUUCAAGGGUGGGGGGACGCCCCCGAUGCCCCCCCGGCAGGGCCCCAAGGCGCAGAGGAAGGUGUCGGAUCCAGACUCGGUGAGUUCCGUCUUCUCCGACACGCCCAUCGUGGUGUGAGGGGACACUGUGGGGACGGUCCCCUGGGACACCCCAUGUCCCCACCACCACUGUGAGCUGUCCCUGAGUAGGAGGGGUGGCCAGACCCCCGCUGCCGUGUCCCCAGCUUGGGGGGGGGUCACACCAUCACACUCCAGGACUGAGCAUUGCCGCUGGCCCCCGCCAAGAUCACUGUCACCAUAGGACAGUGAGGGACAAAGAUGUGGAAGGGACACACACUUUGGGGACUGUCCUCCACUGUGACUGUCCCUGGGCAGGAGAGGUGGCCGGACCCCCACUACCAUGUCCCUGGCUUUUGGAGAUCCCACCAUCAUCCCCAGGACAGARCAUCAUCCCUGGCCCCCACUGAGAUCACAGAGGGACUGUGAGGGACAAGGGUGUGAAGGGACACAUGGUGGGGACAGUCCCCUGGGAUGCCCUGUGUUCCUGCUGCUGCUGUGACUUGUUCUCCAUGGACACACCAUGGGCAAAAGGGGUGGACCYCUACUGCCAUGUCCUCAAACUUGGGGGGCAACACCACUGACCCCCAGAACAGAGCAUCGCUGCUGGCCCCCACCAAGGUCACAGUGCAACCACAAGGGACAAGGAAGGGACACACCAUGGGCCCCACUGUGACCUGUCACUGGGCAGGAAGGGUGGCCAGAGCCCCACCACCACGUCUGCAGCUUUUGGGGAUCCCACCAUCGCCCCCCAGGACUGGGCAUYGUCCCUGGCUCCUGCUGAGAUCACUGAGGGACUGCGAGGGACAAGGGUGUGAGGGGACACACCAUAGAGAGUCCCCAGGGACAUCCUGUGUCCCCACUGCCACUGCGAGCUGUCCCCAGGCAGGAGGGGUGGCCGGACCCCCACCACCGUGUGCCCAGCUUUUGGGGAUCCCACCAUCACCCCCCAGGACUGAGCACCAUCCCUGGCCCCUGCCAAGGUCACCGUGGCACUGCAGUGGACAAGGGUGUGAGGGGACACCCAUGGGGACACUCCUGCUGUGACCUGUCCCUGGGCAGGAGAGAUGGACUCCCACCACYGUGUCCCGUUUUUGGGGGUCUCACCGUUGCCCCUCAGGACUGAGCAUCACCGCUGGCCCCUGCUGAGGUCACCACAAGACCACAGGGACACAUCUCCAUGGGGACAGUGGGGCCACCAACUGCAGGGCAUCAGCCCCACCGGAGGACUGAGGGACAGUGACAGUGGCAGCCAGGAGCCCCAGGGCUGGCAGCACCAGGCAGACCCCCCCUCCCUGCGGCCCUGUUCCCCCCAAUCCCCCCGGCCCCCCUUGGCAUGUGCAUGGCCAAGCAUGAGUCCCCCGGGGAGCAUGUGCCACCCCCGGGGGGACACCGGGGGUGUGUCAACCCCCUGGGGAACCCCAACACCCUCCUGCCCCCCCUGCAACCCACAGCCGCCAGCAAAGCCCUCUCCCCUGCAGGGGGUGGAACCUCGGGGGCUCUGGCACCCCAAAAAGGUGGUGCCCCCCCUGACCCCCUGUGCCAGCCCAGCCUGUGUCUCCUGUGCCCCUACCCCGGACAUUCCCCGCUGCACUGGGCAAUGCCCACCGAUGCCUUGGCCAAAAUAAAGGUGUUUCCCUCAUGCCUGCACAACCCUCAGUCGGUUUG